AUGGAGAUUGGAGACAUCCCCUUCAAGCGGGAGGUGGCCCUGAAAGGUAUGGCUGGUUUCGCCCAGGAUGCGAACCCUGUCACCAUGCAGGCCAUCACCAAAGCUUACGGGUAUUCGGACCACCUUGACACCACCGUGACCAUCAAUAUCUACAACCCCUCCUAUCUUUCUGCCCGCCUAGCCGCUUUGGCUGCAAAAAGCUGA